AUGUCGGCGCUCCUCAACAACACUCAGAACGGCGUUAGUUUCCGCGGUGGAGACAACUACGUUUGGCAGUACGAGUACUACGACGACGAGGAGCCCGUGUCUUUUGAAGGUCUGAAGGCACAUCGCUACUCGAUUGUUAUAGGGUUCUGGGUUGGCCUGGCUGUGUUUGUCAUCUUCAUGUUCUUCGUCCUCACUCUCCUGACCAAGACUGGGGCUACGCAUCAAGAACACCCAGAGGGCUUUGUGAAAUCAGUGCGUGUGGGCACUUGCAUGGUGGACAUGGGCACCCAGGCGUUUUGUCGCCCCCUACCGGCCAACUCACACUCCUCUCCUUUUCAUUGCUGGUCACAGGACCAGACUGCCAAUCAAACACCAGACGUCAUCACCCUCGGCAAGCUUAUUGGCUGUAGUCCUGGUGGGGUUGUUGCCGACGGUGACCUCCUGUCUGAGUUCAACAUUCCAAAUGUCGUGUUGACAUCUAAUCCUGAGUUGAGCGUCGCUGAUGAUGACUUACUUCUCUCUGAGCCGCCAGUUAUCAUUGAGGACCAGUCACAUGCCUCUACCCAGGCACACAUGUUCCACUGAGGACCAGCCCUUUAUUUGAA